UGUUAGAACAGAUCGAGAGAAUUAUGAAAUGUGGAAGCUGUGGAAGCUAGCUGGCCAUGGGUUCAAUCACGUGGAGCCCGGUUGGCCAUGCAAACCGGGCACCGAGGGAGGAGGCGGCGGCUUGGCCGACGUGACCAUUCCUAUUCUGCAGCCUUACGCCCAUGAAGAGACGGGGGAAUCAGGUGAAGACGGGGUAGUGCCGACCGGUCCUAGGACAACACUUGGCGAUUACCAGGACUGGCUGCUCGUAGGUAUCUGCUUCUGUCUGUCAUUGCUUGCUAGCAGUGUCUAUGUCGGGUGGAAGCUGUCUGUCUUCGCCCGGCUAUGGCGGUCGGCGACCACCUACUCUCUCUUCUUCCUCGCCAUCGAGCUUCUUCUCUACCUAUCUCAGCUGUCGUGGGCCGCAGAGUUCUCUCGCCCACCGGCUUCCCGCAAACGCCUCCGACUGGGAUCCAAUGGCCCUUUCCCACGUGUGGCCAUUCUGACCACGUGCUGCAACGAGGAGUUCGACGUCGUUCAGGACACAGUUCUGUGCGCUCUGCGGCAGGAUUACCCGCAGGACCGUUACGGCGUCUGGGUGCUGGAUGACGGGAAGGACGACGAGCUGAAGGCCUGGAUCGAGACUCUGGCCAAGGAGACGGGGCGGCAGGUUGGGUACAUCCGCCGGCCCAAGCAGAAAGGCGUGCCACAUCACUUCAAGGCCGGGAACCUGAACUACGCCGUGAGCCAGUUACAGGACGAAUUCAUUGCAGUCCUCGACGCGGACAUGAUCGUGAGCUCCGACUUCCUCUCCGGCAUGUUGCCUCACUUCUUCUCCUCUCCCAAGAUCGCCUUCGUUCAAGCCCCUCAGGCGUACUACAACAUAUCACGAGGGGACCCUCUCAAUGGGAGCAACAUCUACUUCUACGACGUUUGCCUGCCCCAGAGGGACGCGUUCCGCGUGGCCCAGUGCGUCGGGACGGGGGUGAUCUUCAGGAGGAGCAGCCUGAGCGCCGUUGGAUUGUUCGUGACGGGGGCCGUGACAGAGGACAUCGGCACGUCCUUGCAGCUGCACUCCCAGGGGUGGGAGUCGGUGUACGUGAACGAGCGGUUCCAAAUGGGACUAACGCCCUGGACCUUCGACAGGUACGCGAAGCAGCAGUUUCGGUGGUGCAUGGGGGAGCUUCAGGUGAUCUGGCAACGUGGGCUCAUCUGGGCCAAAGGCGACGCAUUUUCACUGUCCAGGAGGCUCAUUUACUUCCAGGCGGGUCUGCACUCCUUCUUGGCCUUCUCCACUCUAGGGCUGAUCGUGCUGGCGCAGGUGUUGUGCAUCUUUCAGCCGUGGCUGCUGCCCCUCGAGGCAGAUCAGCAAGACUACAGAAACCUCGUCUUGUUCAUCACGCCUCAUCUGGUCUUCGGCCGACUAGGGUCCCAUGCGAUUCACCUGCGAGUCCCGGGGUUCAUGUCCCGGCAGCAGGUCCGGAUUCGAGGCGAACAGGCCUGGUACUGGAUGGCACCGUACAAGUGCUUGUCCGUACUGCGAGCGUACAUCCCAUGGGUCUCCAAGACCUUCGAGGCAACUGGAAGUAAGAGCACCGAUGACUACACUGGGCCCUUCGCCCUCGUCUUCGCGAUACUCAAGUCGUGCCAGUUGAUUGGAUUCCAUCUGUUGUAUGUUGUCAUCGCACUGGCCGGGAUUGGGUGGAGGAUCACCCUAACGGACUUAAACAGCUGCCACGACUUGAUGUCGUCGACUCUCGUCAUCCUAUGGAUGCUAUUCAAUGCGCAGCAGAUGUGUCCGCCCAUCCUCUUUCAGCUGUUUCCACCCGCUUUUCCGGUAGAGACGGAUCGACGGUCCUUGCUAAGGUACGAUGAACACGGGGUGCCAGUGUAUGAGCACGAGCGGGGAAUGCCUCCGACGGACUGGCGGGUGAUCGGAUUGGAGAUCCUGCCAACGGUGCAAGCGGUUGUGUGGAUGUACCUCUUCUGGAUUGCUUUCCACCCCGAUUACAAACCGGGAUACUGCCAAGGGGAUUUCUUCCAGCACAAGAAAGAGGGAGGAAAGAGGGGUACUCGAGGGCAGAGAAGCAUUCGUAUAGGUGGUAGAGAUCAGACGGUGCUAGGAGGUAGGGACAGGAUGGUGGAGCAGGAGAUAGAGAUCUACAGAUAUACAGAUUGGCGAAAGGGAAGAGGGCAGGGAUGUAGAGAGGAAGAGCGCAGAAGUGGUGCUGGAUAAGAAAAAGGAGGGAGCUAAGGGGAUAUAUCUCCCAGCACGGCCACACGGUGGAUGCCACAUGGUGGCAGGAGAGAGCAAGGAUGAUGGAUGAAAGAGGGGGGAGGGGGGGAGGUUGUGAGGGGCGGAGAAAAAGUUAUGGGUCGUAAGAGGCUAGAAGGUGCUGCUGUCUUCACCCGAAUAGAACAUACCCAUAUUAUCACUGUAUCUAGACUGAAGUUGGGCCAAAUCCAGGCAUAAUUACUGUAAGUUCUGUUCGGGUGACGACGAUUGGAGGUAGGGACGGGAUGGGGGACAGAUGAACAGAUUGACGGAAGGGAAGAGGCAGCCUGAGGGAUGUAGAGAGGACGAGCACAGAACUUGCCGGAAGUACUGACAGAUAAGGAGCAAGAGAGACGUAAGGGUGUAUGUAUAUAUAUAUUAUACAUAUAUAUACGUAUACCGCCAUGAAUUGGCGAAGCAACUAUUUGGUUAUGGUGCGCCUUGCGUAAGAGGACACACGAAGUGCUGCGACCUCGUCGACAUAUUCUCUGGGCGUUGGUCACGACUCUCUCUGGCCAGCCGAAAGAAACCAGUUUUCGGCCGACCAACCUUCAACGUGCUGAUCUCCAAUCUCUGUAUUCCGAUUGGAAUGCAGAAAGUCGCGUCGUGGUAGCGCCUUGUGCGUGGAAAAGCAACGACGAAACCCUCCUGAAGCGACCGACCUCGCUGAGCCUGUUUGGUGGCCACUUGGUGGGAAUGCCGCCGCAUGGUGGCUGCGAGCACCCAGCAGCGAGGUGGAUGUAAAUCCAAUUUUUUAGUGGUGGAAUACACUUUUGCUACUCUCACCUCCACAUGUGAACUGUGAGAACGCGUAUUGUCUUCGUCCGUCCGUCAGCUUGUCCAUAUCAUAUCAGAUUGCUAGUGUGUGCUUAUGCGGUUAGUCCACUGACUCCACUCCUCUCUUCCUCCCCUCCCUUUUCUGAUUGGCUGAUGUUUGCCAGUCUGGCUGAGUCUGCCAGAGAGAUGGCCUCUGAUUUCAGAGACAAUUUUCUUCCUCGCAAGAGGCUAUCUCUAUGUUUACCUGUUCGCAGGGCGGAUGGAUGUGAGAUCGCCUCUCUCAUUCUUAAUUAAUUAUGUCGAGUUAAUGAUUAAUAAAUUAAUAAUGAUUCA